UGUCGCCCAGUGUGCGUUUCCGCUCAGACCAGCGGUCAGUGAAGAAGACGGAGCUGGAGCCGGAUCAGCGGAUCUCCACAGAAAUUCAUUUAUUCUUCUUCUGAUCCUCUUUCAUUCAUCAUGUUUUAGUUUUAUAGGUUAUUUCGAAGCCCCUGACCGCGUGUGAAAUGGCGCUGGAGUGGCGUGAGGCGGUGGAGAGGGUGGAUGUGUACCUCAGAGAGCUGCUCUCCUCCGGCCUGCUCUUCCUGCACGCCGAGCUCGGAGUGGAUGUGGGGCUGAAAGCGGAGCUGCUGCCACCGGGGCUCCUGGCGUGUGUGGCGGCGGGACUCGGCCUCCUCCUACUCGCCGCGCUCCUCUGGCUCUCCGUGUGCCGGUGUUUCUCGAAAAAACCCGGCGAGAAAGUCGCACCCGAGGCGGGGAAGACCUCCAAACCCGAGGAGAUUAAGAAGAGGAGCAGGAAGAGAGGAGGAGAUAAGAAGGUGCAGAGGAACGGCCUGGCUGUUGACCUGGAGGAGGACGUGAAGCUGGUGGAGGCACAGAACCUGAGCGAGAGUCCAGAUUCUGCUGGGGGUAAAAGUGAGAAGGGAAAGAAGAAUAAGAAGAAGUCGAAAGCUCCAGUGAAGGAAACAAAGUCCAUGUCAGAGCGCAAAGAGCCGGAGGAAGGAACCUGGGAGACUAAAGUGAGCCACAAAGAGAAGAAGCAGCAGAGAAAGAAGGACAAAGGAGCAGGAGACGAAUCGGAGAGUCCUGGAGGAACGGAGCCGGUUGUGGAGGAACCUCAAAUUACUGUAACGCCAUCUGUACCCAUUACUAUCUCCACCAAGACCUCCAACAACACCUCCACCACCAAAACUUCCAACCCCAGCACCUCUACCACCAAGACCUCCAACCCCAAUACCACCACCAAGACCUCCAACCCCAAUACCACCACCUCCACCAAGGCCUCCAACCCCAAUACCACUACCAAGACCUCCAACCCCAGUACCACCACCUCCACCAAGACCGCCAAUCCCAAUACCACCACCUCCACCAAGACCUCCAACACCUCCACCAAGACCUCUAACCCCAAUACCACCACCACCUCCACCAAGACCUCCAACCCCAACACCACCUCCACCAAGACCUCCAACCCCAACAACACCUUCACCAAGACCUCCAACUCCAACACUACCACCUCCACCAAGACCUCCCACCCCAACAACACCUCCACCAAGACCUCCAACUCUAACACCUCCGCCAAGACCUCCCACCCUAACACCAUGACCAACCCCAACACUCUCUCCACCAAAACCUCCAAUCCCAACACCAUCUUUACCAAGACCUCCAACUCCUCCACCUCAAACACCCCCACCACCAGCCCGAACACCAAGACCUCCAACUCCUCUAAUAAUUCCAAUAACACCAACACCACCAAGACCUCCAACAUGUCCACCAAGACCACCACCACUGCUAAGGCCUCCAACAAUUCCACCACCUCCAAGACCUCCACCAAAGCCACCAAGACCACCACCAACACCACUCCUGCACCUAAAACUCAGCAGGUGGCUCCACCUGUAGAACAUGAUCCUCCUCCUCCAGCUGCUGAUGUGACCCGUACCGUCAAUCCACCAGUAUCUCAUGGAUGGGAUGGGAUGUGUGUGAAUGGAUCAGGAUCAUGGGAUCUGGGCGUGUCUGUGCCUUCUCUUGGUCAGACCUGGACCAGCGUGAAGUCUGAACAGUCCGUCUGGCCUCAGGACAUGGAGGGCUCGUGGAUGAUCGUAGACGAGUCUCACAUUCCUGUCUCGCUCCACGGAAUGAGUGCAGGUGUAGGUGUUGAAGCACAGGUUGUUCCUGAGAGGCCCUGGGCGUGUCCAGUACCUGUGGAUGAUGAGUGGUCAGGUCCCAACAAUGUUUCUGCCGAACUGGGGUCCGAUUACUGCGCCCCAUGUGAGGAGUGGGGGAAUUAUGAGGAUCCAGCAGGUGGUGCUGUUUCUCCCGAUGAGCCUCAGGACUCUGAUCUGGAAAAGGACAAGGAAGAACCUGCGGCUCCAGGAAGCGGCAAAGCCAAGAAGAAGAAGAAGAAAAAGAAGAAAGUGGAGGAUGCUGGAAACGCUGCUCAGGUGGAGGUGGAAGUGGGUGUGGCUAAAGACCUGAACUCUGCAGGAAACAUUUUUACCAAAACUGCAAAAGAGCAGGAAAUUGUGGUUCCCCCUCGAGUCCCACUGAAACCCUCUGAACUUGAGGCUAUGCCCAAAAGCACGGCUCCACCCACUCAGAAGAAAGCCGAGGAGAGCUGGGAAUCUCCGAAGCAAGUGAAGAAGAAAAAGGCUCGCAGGGAAACAUGAGCACGAGCGCGGAGUUCAGGAAGAAACGCCCUUAUGCAAACCGGGAUUUCAGAGCGAGAGCCAGGCGGAUUAGCGCGCUAAUGUGAGCGUGAGUCUGCGUGCAUUCAGACAGCGCACAGUGUAACAUAUCAGUCCUGUGGGUGUGACGUGCCUCGGUCACGUGCCGAUCGACCGCUUCACAUCACCACGUUCCGCUAAUGUUUUAUCAACCGUAAUAUCAGAACAUUUGCUGUUUUUUUUUUCUUCAGGCUAAAUUGUCUCCGACCCUGAACGUGGUGACGUGUCGAGCGCUCGUCUGCACGUGUCCGAUGUUCAUGUGAUUGUUGGGUUCUUUAUAAUUCUGUAAUAAAACUUUUUUUCCCCAUUUUGUUUUUGAAGAGUGGGGGGGCAUCCUCCACGUCUCGUGCGUCUCCAAACGCAGUCGCUCGUACCAGAUAUCCAGACGUGAGCGACUACGGUCGGAGACGUGCGAGAUUAUUUUGUAUGUGGUUAAAAUAUAAGAAUUAAACAUAGACGUGUUUUCUACACUUCUGAUAAAAACGUGUUGUCUGGUACACUCUGCCCCUCCCUCACCCCCCUUGCAUGUGUAAUUAUUUUGUAUUUUUUUGCCGAUGAAUCGGCGAGUCACGUAAACGAGCGGCGUUUCCCCGGGCGCUGUGUGGAACUCCCGAUGCCUUAACGUGACGUGUGCAGUGACGACGUCACACUCGUCUGUCCGCUGCAUGCACUUCUCCUCCGUCUGUGCGUUCUGUCCAACAUCUCCUUAAAUAAAUGUGGUUUCUUUGCAAACUC